GUUACCUUUCCGCUUCUGCAUGCAGCAGUAAACAUGGCGGACGGCUAACACAUUCAUAGUAUUAAAAUAAGUCCUGGCUGAGGUUCUUCUCUGCAGGACUAAAAACAGAAACGCAUCCUUUGCUGAUUGUAUCCUAGGAGACGUGUAAGCCUCAUUGGAGGCUGUUUUUCUUUAUAGAAAAGGUUGAAGGAGACGGCUUGUAAAAAUGGGGCGGCGUUCUACCUCUUCCACCAAGAGUGGGAAGUUUAUGAAUCCCACCGACCAGGCCAGAAAGGAGGCCAGGAAAAGGGAGUUAAAAAAGAACAAGAAGCAGAGGAUGAUGGUGAGAGCAGCUGUGCUGAAGAUGAAAGAUCCCAGACAAAUCAUCAGAGACAUGGAAAAGUUGGAUGAGAUGGAGUUUAACCCAGUUCAGCAGCCCUUAUUGAAUGAGAAGGUGCUGAGGGACAAACGGAAGAAGUUACGUGAGACGUUUGAACGUAUCGUCCAUCUGUAUGAGAGGGAAAACCCAGAAACCUACAAGGAGCUGCGCAAACUGGAGCUGGAAUACGAGACCAAGCGAGGGCAGCUGGCUCUGUACUUUGACUCGGUCAAGAAUGCAGAGUCAGUGGAAGUGGACAGCAUCCCUUUACCCGACAUGCCUCACGCCCCAUCCAACAUCCACAUUCAGGACAUCCCGCUGCCCAGAGCUCAGCCUCCUUCUAUACUGAAAAAAAACUCCUCUUUUGGCAAACCCUCCUCUGGUACAGGACUGCCAACAGUCCCCAGUGUCCCACGUUUACCUCCUGGGAAGAAACCUCCAGGACCCCCUCCCGGCCCGCCGCCCCCACAGGUGCUGGCGCUGUAUGGCAUUCCCUCCAGACGAAACUACGGCACAGAUGCGGAGCUUUCCAUUCCCGGCUUAGAAAGAGACUCCGGCAUGGAUUUGGGAAGAGAUCGGGACAGUGGGAGCGAGAGCGACAGAGACCGGGACGACGGGGACGACGACAGCGACUCUGAGGACGACAGCGAAGAUGAUGGAGAUGAAGGGGGAGAUGGAGAAAGAUCACGCUCAGAUCGACAGGGUGACGACAGGGAUGAGGACAGAGACAGGAGUGAAAGACACGCUGGUCGCAGCGUGCGUUUUGCAGAUUUAUCAGCAGAUGACUCUCGGGAUGGAAAAAGAAAGAAAAAGAGAGUGGUGAAGAAGACGAAGGCCAUCACUCCGCUGCAGGCCAUGAUGUUGAGGAUGGCAGGUCAGUCGAUUCCCGAGGAGGAGGAAGAAGAGGAGGUAGAAGAGGAAUACACAGACGAGUCGGACGCCUCAGACUCUGAGGACCGGGGGCCAACCGGGGACUCUCAGUCCAACACUACGGCCAGUCAGCGUCUGCCCCCUCCUCCUGGGUCAGUCGGACAGCAGGGACCUCCACCCAUGCAAGGCCCGCCGAUGACUGGACCUCCUCCGUUAGGUCCUCCACCAGCUCCUCCAAUGCGGCCCCCUGGUCCCCCCUCGGGCCCGCCCCCUGCACCCCCUCCAGGCGCCCCUCCAUUUUUGAGGCCCCCCGGUAUGCCUGGAGGAAUUCGGGGUCCCAUGCCUCGUCUCCUGCCCCCUGGUCCUCCACCUGGCCGACCACCUGGCCCUCCUCCGGGCCCCCCGCCCAGUCUUCCUCCUGGCCCUCCACCCCGUGGACCACCUCCCAGGCUACCCCCUCCAGCACCACCAGGGAUUCCACCUCCUCCUCCAAGAGCAGGAGCCCCUCCCCGUCUUGCGCCUCCACUCUCCAUGUUUCCUCCACCGCUCAACUCCAACGUGCUCAGUGCUCCACCCAGCAUCGUUCCAAGACAGAAAGCCCCGGGGUCCGGCCAGGAAGGUUCACAGAGCAGCAUGCCGCCCCCAUCCAUGCCCAUGCGACCGGGAGUCAUGCAGAUGCCCCCUCCUCCCGGUACAGCCGGCGCCCAUCAUCACGCGGCCACAAUCGAAAAAAGAGCCAACAUCACCUCUGCGGCUGCGGGAGGAGGCCUGGCAGCGGGCGGUGGCGCUGGAGGUGCUACCAUUUCAGCCAAACCUCAAAUUAUCAACCCCAAGGCGGAGGUCACCCGCUUUGUUCCAACGGCACUGAGGGUGCGUAGGGACAAGGGAGGACCAAUGCCGGGGGCAGCGACAGGAUCACUGGAGAAGGCAGCGGGGAGUGCUGCAGGGCGGAGGGGAGACGAAGGGAUGGGAGGAGGACAGUGGCAGAAACAGCAAGCGGCUGCUACAAUGGGGCAUGCCAACCCAUCCCACAUGGGUUCUGUUCCUCAGCCCAGCAUGAAGACAAAAGACCAAGUUUAUGAAGCGUUUAUGAGAGAGAUGGAGGGACUGCUGUAGGAAUGAACAGGUUCUUUGAAUUACGGACCUGUUGUUUGCUGUGCAGAGUUGUAGAAGUAGCUGUCCUUAAAUAACUCAGAAAAAAUAAAUCUGAUCCUAUCCAUGUAUGAAUACUAAUAUUUCAACUGGUGGUUUUUUUCUCAAGGCAACUGAACACUGCUCUGCACGGCUUCAUUUCGUCUGCUUGUGUUUUUAUUUUUUUAAAUUUAAAAAUGUUUCCCAACAGUUUGACUUCAGUGAAGCAACUUUUGAGCAACUGAUUUGUUUUGUUUUAUUACUGACCAUCUUAAAAAGGACCGUUAUAUGUUGAAUUGUUUUUUUCACUGAUAAGUCAUGUGUGAAACAGUUUGUCAUGCAGCCAAAUAAAAAUCAGUUCAAACAUG